AUGGGCGCGCGGGCGGAGCGUCGCGGGGGCGUGGGCGGCCCUGCGCUCCUCCUCCGGCCUUUUCCGGCGCCCCUCCUCCGGAGCUGCCCGGCGACCUGCCCCUGCCUCCCGGCGGCGUCCAUGGCGGGCGUGCUGGCGUCCACGGCUCGCGCGGGCUGGCGCCUGCCCCUGCCUUGCAGCGCCGGCCAGGGCGCGGCGGGGCGGCCUCCACCCGCGGCCUGUGGCGCCCAGGCCCGUGGUGCGCCCAGGCCAUGGCGCGGCGGCGUGCGGGGCGGGAGCCGUGGCGGCGCGGGGUGGCCGGGCUGGCGUGCUGCUCCUCCCUCGCCGGCCGAGGGCCUCCAUGGCGUCGAGCUCCCCCUCCCCUGCCCUGCUCGCGUCCCGGCGCGGCUGGCAGGACGACGGCUGGCAGGAGAGGGCGCUCGUGCGGGCGGCGUGGGGGCCAGGCACGGCGGCGCCCAAGCACGGCAGCGAGGGGCCGGCCUCCCUCGCGGCGCGGCGGCGGCUGCGUGCGGCGCGGCAGUACCAAGCCUGGGAUCGAUGUUCAGCGGUGAAAAAACAGGGGAGCUUUGCCUUUCUCUUUUGUGA